AGACAGUUUCAGACAGCAGCUUUUAAUUUUUUGUACGAUAUCAUAAGAAUCGAUUACAUGAAAUAACGUAUUGGCUUGUACAUUUCCUUAGGAAAUAGCCAAUUCUGGCUUUGUUUGCAAAAAUUAACCGCGUAAUCUUGCGGUACUCCAUUGUGACAUCUGCAUCUUCUUACUCUUACUAUUGUGUAUUUAACCAGCUUGUAAAAAAAAACGUUCAAAGAAUAGUUAUUUGGAAUACUCAAUACGGUGUAAGUUAAUAGUCCGUUAAUUCGGCGUUAAUAGAAGUGACUCUAACUCUAUCACAUCAUAUCAUUGUAAUUGUAUUGAAAUUGAAUUUGUGAUAUAUGAUUUUAUAGUCAUAGUGAAUAAUCGGUGGUACCAAGCAGCUUUUCCGCUGCUAAGCCUAGGAGGCAGAAGGGCUAAGGCCCCUGCCUAAGGGCAAGGCUAAAAUAAAGUAGUAAUUAAUAUUAUUAUGAGGGCCAUUUUUUAAUAUAAAUAUAUAAACUAUAUUAUAUAUUAAGAUAAGAUUCUUUAAUUUUAAUUGAUUCAUACUAUUAAUAAAUGGAAAUGUUUGCUUCUGCCUCUGCAUUUUGGACACGAGACAUUUAUAUUAAUAAAUUAUUUCACUAGUAAAAACACAACCAAAAAACCAGCUAUUGACUAAGUUCUCUUAGCCAUAACAGGGACAUAGUAGUUCUCAUUAAGAUUUGUGACUUCAGGGGGAGCACGUUGGUAAAUUCGUACUGAUUGGGGAAAAAAAGAAUUUUUAUAUCUUUCAGUCCUGGCCCUGAUAGAAAGAAUUCGUCCCGAACGGGCAGAUUAAGUGGGCUAUCUGUGAUGAAGAGGCAGAGGGUGGGAUGUAUCAUCCAAAAUGUGUUUAGUUUUACAAUAACAUCUUUCUUCAAAUAGUUCUUCAAGUGAAGGCGAAGGAUGGUUAGUUUGUGUUAUUUAUGUUCCUAUUCCUUGCUUUCUUGAUUAUUCGGUUUAUGCUGUGUUUAAUAUCAGAUGUUGAAUUCCCACACCAGUAGGUAAUACUGAAAUUAAGCAGGCUUCCAAAUUUUGCACUGUAGAACAAGUUAACGACUUGUUUGUUUACGCCAAAAUUGUACAGUACAGUUUUUUGAGGUAGAACAGUCUUUGGUUGUAUUUCUUAUAAAGCAUUUGGCCGUGCUCAGGCCAUGUUAGUUUAUUAUGUUGACACCUAAGGUGGUGGGUAUCAUCAGCAAAUUUUAAGAUUUGAACGGUGUCGCUUGAGUUUUGAAUAUCAUUGGUAUAUAAUGGUAUACAAUACAGGGGAGAGAACGCAGCCUCGUGGCGCCCCAGUGCUUAUUUCUCUGGUUAGAAAUAAUUGGUCAUUUACCUUGACAUAUUGUUGGAUAGUGUUAAAUGAUGAUGAGAAGUCUAAGAUUAGCACUCUGACUCUGUCAUAUUUUUUAGGACUGUCUAGGUUUAGUUGAUGGUAAAGUCUCUCCAACAAUAGUAAGAUAGCAUCCUCUGUACUUCUGGCAGGUGUGUAAGCAAAUUGAAGAGGUUCAAGUUUUUGCUGUACUUCUUCAUUUAAAAUAUAAUACUAUAAUAUUCUAGUUUGAGAAUUGAGCGUCAGUGAGAUUGAGAUAGUUCAGAUAGGCUACCUAUUUAAAGCCUAUUACUAUUCUUAUUGUUCUGGACCAGGUCUUUUUAGUUAGUUUGUUCACAAUUCCCUUUUCCCUAAAAUUAAAAUGUCCAAAUUUGAGUAGUAAAAUAAAAAGUAGAGUCUUUUUAAAAGACAAAAGUACAAAAGUAAAUGAAACAGAGUGAGAGGCAUAUUUUAGAACACAAAAAAUGUAAUUUUAUUGGCACGGUUGAGCCUGUUUAUCACAACAAAUUUUGUCGAAUCUUGACAUCAAAAUGGACACAGCUACUCUUAUUAAGUUUAACCCAUUUGGGCCAUUUCCUUCCCCAGAUUAUUCAAAUUGACUUUGAUUUUGAUAGAAAUCAAAUGAUAAAAUUUGUAAUAUUUCACGGUGCCCGACCCCAGUGUUCUGUGAGUGUGAGCUGCAGCUCAUUAGUUGCACCUCACCAGGUGCCACUUUGACUUUGGGAACUUCUUGCCUGGGCCUGGGCUACCAUAUUUUGAAAUAUAAUUAAUGAUUAAUUAUAUUUUUUGUGUUGCUUUAUACUAUAAUAUAAAUUAUAUUAAAAAUGUCAGUAUUCAUUCUUAAUAGUAUAGGCCAGGCCUUCACAACAAGCACGCUAGCACCCACUUUGCAGCCUUCGAAAUAACUAAAUAUUCUUUAUUAUUAUUUUUUUAAUAGCUUUCACCCCUGUCCUAUUUUCUUUCGACCAGCACAAGUUUUUCAUAAAGUAUUACGGCCCGGCUUACAUGUUGAGUUGUGCAGGCCUGCUAUAGGCUAAAAAAAAGGGCUACGUUCAUGACCUUUAACCACUUUAAGUUUAUUUUAAAAAAGGCAAUCAAUGUUUAAAUGUUACCUCUUUGUCUUGGUGAUUUAAUUUAGGAAUUUUUGAAGUUGUGUUUAUUUUACUGUUAUUGUUUAUUUCCCAAUGCCAAUACUAAUAAUGUUAGUCAGUUAGGCCUACCUAAUCCUGCAUUAGGAUGCCCAAUAAGGCCAAAUAAGUAAGGGUUCAGUUAAUUCUAAUUUUCACCAGUAAUUAUGUCAAAUAAAAAAAAUAAUUUCCAUUAAUAUAAUAGGCCUGUAAGACUAUAAGUCUAAUUUUCUAGUCCUAGGCAAUCAUCAAAACAAUCUAUUUUUUCACAACAUAUUUUCAAUUUUUUUCCCAACAGAACUGGUUUAAAUUACAUUCAGUAACUCAUAUUGCCACAAUGCCACCUAAAGGGGUAAGUGAAACAUUUGCAAACUGAAGUAAAAUUGAAGGAUAAUUAUCUGAUAAUUAAAACUAAUUUAUUUAUCAAAAGGUUAAAUAAUUUCAUUUUUUCUCCAAAUUUAAAAUUAUAUUAUUUACUAUUAGCACAUUGUCAUAUUUAAGUCACCAUAUUAAUUAAUCAUAAAAAAUUUGAUAAACAAUAAUAAAAAAAAUGAAAACUAAUUGAAUUACUGAAAACAUCCUUCUUUUAACCAGCAGUGCCCAGCAUCUCUACUUUGUUAUCUAAUGGGUUCAUUUAGCUUAGAUAUUAUUCUAUUUUUACAGAAAAAGCGUACAGCAAAAGCUGAACCCAAAGAUUCUAAAACUGAAAAUGGCAAGAAAGCUGAUGAGAAGAAAGAUGCAGAAAAGAAAGAAGUAAGAAGAAAUAUAGAAAACUUUAAGUUCUUAUUGUAUUACCCCAACACACUUUUUUAUUAAAAAAAAAUGAAUUAAAACAUAUUUUAGUUCUUAUUUGUUAUUAUUUUAUAAAUCUGGCAUUUUAAAGGCGUUAAAUAACAAAGGUAAAACUUUGUUUUAGAAAGGUGUCAUUAGUACAUAAAAUAUAUUGUGUGUGUGUAUAUAUAUAUAUAUAUAUAUAUAUAUAUAUAUAUAUAUAUAUAUAUAUAUAUAUAUAUAUAUAUAUAUCUAUCUAUAUAUAUAAAUCUCUCUAUAUCUCUCUCUAUAUAUAUAUAUAUAUAUAUAUAUAUAAAAAUCUGGCAAAUUCCGAAAUCCGGUAUAUUCCGGAUUCCGGAAUCCGGUUGUUCCGGAUACAUGUAAAUCCGGCGGAACCGGAUUUCACCGGAUAGUGCAAAAUCCGGCGGAACCGGAUUCCGGAUCGGGGUCCGGCACACCCCUAGUGUUUGACUCACUAUAAACUUGGUGAUGUGUUUGACUCACUAUAAACUUGGUGACUCGUGUAACUUAGACAACACGCAGGCGACUCAGACCGUCCGAAGAUGGAAACACUCUGUGGUCACGUGAAAAUGUACUCAUGAAGAAAUGACCUGUAGCCCAGACUGCAGGUCACACGUUCAGCUGCCACCUGUCGCCACAUUCCAGUCAUGCGUACCGCGCGGCUCCACUGGUCAGCGUGUGAGUUUCCGGGUGGAGCCACUGGCGGCAGUAUUCUAUUUUUAGACAUAUCCUGCCGAGUGGGAUUAAUUUUAUUUUUUUUAAACACCGAAAUGCUUGGUAAGCAAUGCAUAAAAGUUUAAGAAGAAUGCUUACACCGGAAUGCGUUGGUAAGCAAUGCAUGAAAGAGAAAGAAGAAUGCUUACAUCGGAGUGGGUUGUAAGCAAUACAUGUCAGAGAAAGAUUACACCGGGCCAUACAAUUGUUGAUUCGUGAGUUUGAAAUUAAUUCUGAUAAAUUGAAAUAUUUUAAUUGGACAUUUCCUUGUUAGCUAGAUUCAGAAAUGAAGAUGUGUGUAUAUAUAUAUAUAUAUAUAUAUAUAUAUAUAUAUAUAUAUAUAUAUAUAUAUAUAUAUAUAUAUAUAUAUAUAUAUAUAUAUAUAUAUAUAUAUAUAUAUAUAUAUAUAUAUAUCUAUAUAUAUAUAUAUAUAUAUAUAUAUAUAUAUAUAUAUAUAUAUAUAUAUAUAUAUAUAUAUAUAUAUGUGUGUGUGUCUUAAUGGCACUGUCUAGCAAAGAGUGGGGUGGGGGGACAAUACAACAGAGAAAUUCCCAGUGGCCCACCAUGGUCUGUGAUAUUUUGGCCGCCUGGGCAACCACUCUAUUACAAUUAAACAUGCAUAUUAAAUCUCUGCUUACUGAUUUUUGUACUGGGUCAUUUGGACACUCCAGUCCACGACUGCUAGCAUAAUGUCUAUUUUCCCAUUGUAUAUUUACACCUUUCACCAUUAAUAAGUUUAUUUGGCAAACACAAUGAUUUAAUAUAAUAUGGCAUAAUGCGUUCUCUAUUUGCUGGAAUAUGGGAUGCAGUGCCUUAUUGGACUCACCCCUUAUUUUAGGCAUAUUUUGAGGUGAAAAAAGUCUGUCCUAUAUGCCUGCAAAUACAGUACAUUGUUAGCAAUGUAAAAAAAUUUGCUGUCUUUUAUUUUGGGUAAUUGUUAAAUUAUUGGAUGGACAGGGACCAAAAGUACAAGUACUUUAAAAAUUUUAAAAAUUUGUUUAGGAAAAAAUAGAAAUAGAUGAAAAGGAAACACCAUCAGAUGAUGACAAGAAAGAGGAAAAAGCAAAAGCCGAACAGGUUAGUCCUUGUCAUAUUACUAAACCAAUAAUUACCAUGUUCACAUGCACAGGAUAGAAAGUAUGGACUAGUUUGCAUAAAGACAUUGCAUGAAUGCCAUAAAAAAAGCACCAAAAAAAUAGAUUCCCAAGUUCCCAUCUAGUGUACCCCAACAAGCCAGAUCUGUGCAUUGGGAAAUAUGUACUCACAAAUAAAUUUGAUUCUCCGUUUUCAAAAACAAAUGUCUGAUUAAUAUAUUUUUUUGUCACCAGAAAGAGGCACCAGCCAAAAAAAGGGGUGGGUGGGGAUGGCCGAAGAGGAAGGCAGAAGCAGGAGAUGGCUCAGGGGAGCCCAAGGAAAAGCAGAGAGCAAAAAACUCUAUUGUAGACUGUCUAGUGGGCUUGGAUUACUCAACAACUGCUAAAGCACCUAAUGGAAAAGAGGCCAAUUUCAAGAUUGCCUCAUGGAAUCUUAAUGGAUUGAGGGCUUGGCUUGAGGUCAGUAUCUGUGGUGUAAAAUUGUGUGACUUUGACCUUUUGCUUAUUACAGACUCAAUUAAUAAAUAUACCGGUAAUUAAAUAUCUAUCAUUUGUGUUAAGGUGUCCUUUUUAUGUUAUCUCAAAUCCUUUUUGCUUUUGCACCACACAUAGAAAGAUGGUUUGGAUUAUGUGAAAGCUGAACAGCCUGAUGUUUUUUGUGUGCAAGAGACCAAAUGCGACAUUUCAAAGAUCCCUGAAGAUGCAAAGCUUGAAGGCUACACAAAUCAUUGGCUCUCUGGAGAUAAGGAUGGUUACUCCGGUGUAGGAAUGUAUUUCAAGACCAAGCCCCUCAGUGUAACUGAAGGAAUUGGUGAGAGUUUUAAAUAAUAGAUUUAUUGCUUAAAAAAUGAGUUUAUAGAGCCAGGGACAUUGUGUGAGAGGGUUAACAUUUGGAAACAAAGUGAUAAAUUGUAUUGUGGGUUUUAAAUAUGUUAAAAUAAUUUCUGCUGGCAAAUUGUUCAUUUAUUUUUAUAUAUAGACACACGCACCCCCCUCCCCCAACACCUAAAGACUAGUUGCUUAACACUUUGUAUCCUAGUAACAUAUGGAGUGGAAAAAAACAACAACUCAUUAAUACACUUGACUUCCCACCACUACGGUAAAAUCUAAGGUGAUAAGCACAGUAACCACAAUAACUUUGUCCUGUCAGACUUAAUUUAAUUUAAACACAUGAAUCUUUAUUACUACAGUUAUCAUAAUUAACAGAGGAAUUAUGACUGUUUCAUUUCAGUGUUAAAAAACCCAAAUUGACGAAAAUCUGUUGUAUUUUAGCGAUAUAUGGAUAAAAAGGUUAACAUUGGUCUCUGCCACUUGGCUUCAUGUGGAUACAAAGUGUUAAGGACUCAUUUGUUGCUGGAAUUUUUACUUUUUGUUUAAAACAUUUUAUUUAAUUCUGAUCCCUCUGACUAUUAAAAAAACAUGAAGGCAUCGAAAAACAUGACAAGGAAGGAAGAGUCAUAACUGCAGAGUUUGAAAAGUUUUAUUUGGUCAACACUUGUAAGUUGUGUUAAACUAUUUCAUUAUUAACUGAAAUCUCUAUGUAACUUUUCUUGCAAUUAUUUUAAGUGAACUCUUAAGCUAAAAUGCAGUGUAGGAGGAUAAUAUAUAAUUGUCUAUCAAGGUUCUAGUAUCUUUAGUAUUUUUCUGAUCAUCUAUUUGAAUCAAAUGGAAAAUAACACUUUUGCCAUACUAAGUUAGCAUUUCAAUCCUCGCUCUAACAUAUAAUAGGGUUGCAAAUAUUAUUAUUUUUUAAAAUUUGGAAGCUAGUUACAUACAUUUAAAAAAAAUAUUGCUCUAGAUAUUUAGAAAAAUGCAUUUUCAUUGGUAUCUAAUUCCAGAUAUCCCAAAUUCUAGCAGAGGGCUAGUGAGGUUGAACUAUCGAACAGAAGAAUGGGAUGUGGAUUUCAGGAACUAUUUAAAGACCUUGGAUAAGAAAAAACCAGUUGUAUGGUGUGGAGAUCUUAAUGUAGCUCAUCAAGAAAUAGGUAAGUCUUUAAAAGUAGGGUUUCUUUAAAUAAAAGCAUAGAAAGUAUUUUUGUUUUAGAUGUAAGCAUCUAUAGGGAUUGUAAGCAAGGUUAAUAAGAAUUAAGGUUUAAAAUAAAAAAAUCAUAUUUAUUUGAUUUAAAUGUAAAAAAAUUAAAUUUAAAUAGAAUUUUUAAAAUUUAGAGAUAUUUUUUUUUCUCCUUUUUUGAAAAGGAUUUCUUAAGAUAAUGAAUUAUAUUGUUUAUGAGGAUUUUACAUAAUAUAGCUAAUAGUAUUUAAAAUCAAUUGUUAUCAAUUAAAAUUGUAUUUUUAAAAUUUAAAUUGGAAUUUUUUAUUUAGUUAAAUCAGAUUUUAAACUUUUUGUCAUGUUCUUUUUUCCCCCCAUCUUUUUAAGGAUUUCUUUAGAUUAAGGAGUAUAUUUAUUUUUUAUAAGGUUUAACAUAAUGUAGUUAAUAAUAUUUAAAUAAUUGUAAAAAUUUAAAUUGGCUUUUAGCAUACUGAUAUAAAUUUAAGUAAAAUAAUUUUUUAAAAAUUAAUACAUAUCUUAAUUAAAUCCAUUUGAAAGAUUUUGAUUCUUUUUCACAAACUGAAGUUUCUCAUUUUAUUCUAAUAAAAAUUAUUAUGAAGUACCAAAUAAAGAACUAACUUUUUUUUUUUAAAACGUUUAAUGGAUAGUCAUAUUCUUAAUAUUAUGUAUUUAUUUAAUCUAUAUAUGAAUAAAAAUUUCAGUUUCACACUUUCAAAUUAUCAAUAUUAUAUUAUUGUCAUUUUCCAAUGCCAUUUGAUCCCACCAAAGCAUUCUGAUUAAAUAAUUUAAAUAGAAAAACUAAUAAUUUUCUAGCUUUCUCAACCCUUAGCGAUUUCUAAUGUCUAAUAAUUGAAAAGUUUUAUUGAAUAAAAACAAAUUGUAUUUUUCAUAUAAUUGUGCAAUUAUAAUUAGAUAUUAAGAAAUUAUUAUAUAUUAUAUGAUAUUAUAAUACAUAAAUCAAACAGAAGUUCUUUUUAGCUAGUGACUUUAAAUAUUAAUAGAUUAGAUAAAUAAAUAUAAUUAAAAUAAACAUUUUUUGCUCUAAACUAUUUAAAUAAUCAGAAGCUUGCUAUCAUGAUAGCUGGAUAUUUCUUCUAUUUACACAAAAUUACAUACCUGUGUAUUGAGUUACUUAGGUCUACUUAUUUUGUCUCAUAAUAUUGACAUUUAUAUUGAAAUUAAAACUUGAAUAAUCUACAGACAUCAAGAAUCCCAAGGGAAAUGUAAGAAAUGCUGGCUUCACUGAUGAGGAAAGAAACAGUUUCACUGAGACCCUGAAGGAAGGGUUCAUUGACUCCUUCCGUCAUCUGCAUCCCAAAGAAGAACACGCAUACACAUUUUGGACAUACAUGAUGAAUGCUCGUGCAAAGAAUGCUGGAUGGUAUGUAACAGCUCAAAUGGCAAUGUCUGUAAAAUAACUAUAUUUUUCUAUUGUUGCUCUUUUUGUAUUGUCUAAAGCUAAUAGAAUAUUUAAAAAAAAAAAGCAAAUGAUAUUUGACAAAAAGAGCUAAUUUUGUACUGGUAUCCUGAAAAUCAAGGGGGGACUAAACUUUAUACGUCAUUUUUUGCUCACGUAAUACUCAUUAUUUAAGGAUGUCUUGAAAGAAAUUUCUGAAUUUUAUUACAAAAUAUCAACAUACUUUAAGUUAAAUUUUAAACUAGUACUCUUGUAUUGUGUAUUAAAAUUGUACUUUGUGACUUAAAAUUAUAUAUUUAAAGCUACCACCAUAUUAAAUUAUGUAAUUAUUGCAUUUUCAAACUGAAUAUCUAUCAGUAUAAAAUAAAGUAAAACUUGAAAUGACUUUAUUAAUAAAACUAAACCUUAUAAUAGAAAUAAACUGAAGUUAAUGAGGAAUGGGUUUAUUUUACUUUGAUAGCUUAUAGUUUAAAGGAAAAAGAAGUAAUUAAGACAUGAUCCUUGCAAACUAAAUCAGUUUGAGGAUUCAAAAUUUGUUCUGGAUUGAAUUCGUAAGCCUUAUUAUAUUAUUGUUUGUGCAACAAUGUGUGUUGUCAGUAAAACACAAACAAAUGAGACAUGUUAUUUAGAUGUAGUCUAUAUCAGAGCUCCAAAACCAGUGUGUGACAGCGAAAUUCCUUCCAGAGAAGGAAAAACAUGUGAAGAUGAUACACAGUUCAAACAAAAAGUGACAAACGAUUGGCUAAUUAACAGUCCAUGAAUUCAAAGAGCACAGAGCAUCUGUUUGUUGACUUUUGGCUGUUUGCAUGACAGGCCAUCAUCUUAUCCAGUCAGUAAAAUAUAUCCCUUUCGCUUUGGCCUUUGAUCCCAGUCUUUUCCCGCCUGUACUGUUUGAGGAAUGAUGUGGCACUCAAAUAAAGUUCACUUAAGUUUCAAAGGAUGUGUCAGUCAAGGGAGAAUAUCCUAGAAUUUCUAAAGAGGCAAUGGCAAUUCUGCUACAAUUUCAACCACUGGUAUUUUCGACUUUUGUUUUAAUUUAAAAAAUGAUAGUUGGUCUGGGUGAGCUUCGAGUUGCUGAAUCAGAUACUGAACAAAAUAUAAAGCAACUAUUUUUAGAAAACAGAUGCAAAUGUCUCAUUACUUAUAGUUUAAUUUAAAACUUUUAAUUUAUGUAUGAAGUUUAAAAAUAAUAUUUUCCUUAUAUUUCUUUUUUAUGUUGGCUCUUAAAAAGCGAAACAUUAUUUUAUGUUAGAUCACAUUAUUUAAGAGAUCUUAUGGCUCAUGUUAAUUUCACUUUUAUAAGAAGAAGGAAAAAAAACAUGUAAAGUUUUGGUUCAUGUGGUGUAAACAAACGUAAAUAAGUUGUAUUUUUUCUUUCAUGUUUUAAUUGUGAUGGCCGUGGAAAUUUUGGGAGGGUAGGUCUAGGUGUGCUGUGAGUUUAAAAAAAGUUGCGGAGCAAUGGCCUAUAUUGUAGAUUAUACAUUGAAAGUGUGUGAAAAUAUAUUUAUAGUUUCUGUUGUAGUAAGAAUUAUGAUUGAACACUUUUUUUAUUAUAUUGCAUUUCCUUACAGGCGUCUUGACUACUUUGUCCUUUCUGAAAGAUUCAAGGAAAAUCUCUGCGACAGUGUUAUCCGUAGCAAAGUCAUGGGAAGUGACCAUUGUCCCAUUGUUCUUCAUCUGGCAUUAUAAAGUUGAAAAAAAAACAGGAUUGGGGAAAAAAGUCUCAUCUGUAACUGUAACAUGAUUUAACUGUAACAGAAGUGAGCUUUACAAGAGAUGAACCAGUGAAUUAACAUGGAAUCACAAUGUUUGUUUUAUUUGCUUGGAGUUAUCUAGAUCAACCUUAAAUAAAGUAACCAAUGUUAUUUUUUGUAGUUUUAUGAUUUGCUACUCAAUAUAUUUUUUAGUUUCAGAUGCUUAAAUUAUAUACCGUAAUAUAAAAAGAAGAAACAUUAAUACAAAAAUUGAUAUCUCAAAGACUUCUGAUAUAGUCACUUAUUAUUACUAUCAAAUAAUUGUAAUUUCUUUUUUUUUUAGUCUUCAUAAAUGAUUCCAUCCUAUGAUACAGCAGUCUGC